AAAAGUGACUUUACUGUUUUCAGAGGAGUGGCCCUUACGCAAUAGGUCUUCUAUUUCCUCAUUAGUACCAGCGGCUCUUACUUUUGGCAGGAAAAUCAAGGGUUUCACACCAACAGACGGGGCAACUGUCUGCGUUGCUCUGCAUUACACAGAUUUGUCCAAACCUUUGAGCUACAACAAUGCGAGGACUUUAUGCUAUUUUACUCUUUUACAUGUUUGUCUUCUGCAUCAUGGCAAAGAAGAUGCGCUGGUGCACAGUGUCAGACCCCGAACAGAGGAAGUGCGCAGAACUAGCUAAAGCUCUGGUGGCGGUGCUGCCUCCAGCUGUUGUGGCUGCUUUCGCCAGACUCUCAUGCAUACGAGCGUCCAGCACGACCGACUGCAUCGACAGGAUCAGGGCAAACCGAGCUGACAUAGUGACAUUAGAUGCGGGCGAAGUUUAUUCUGCUGUGAAGCAGUUCGGCCUUGUUGCCAUCGCCAAGGAGAUAUACAGUGACGGAGGCUGUAUUCUGUCUGUGGCUGUGGUGAGAAACAGCAGCUUGGACGUACGAUCCCUGCGGGGGCUCAGGAGUUGCCACAGUGGGGUACGAUGGACGGCCGGGUGGAGUCUUCCCCUCGGCUUCCUGCUGUCCCGAAACUACCUCAGCUGGUCCAAGGAGCAGCCGCUCAGCCAGGACGUCAGUGGCUUCUUCGGUGCCAGCUGUGUUCCCGGAGCUGCUGCCAUGGCACCUCGUCUGUGUGCCCUGUGCCAGGGCCAGAAGUCUUACAUUCGGCAGAAGAAUUACCACUGCGAGACGUCCCACAGUGAACCCUUCUACAACAGCCAGGGUGCCCUCAGGUGUCUCAGGAGUGGGGCAGGGGAUGUUGCAUUUGUGGACCAUUUAGCCCUUGAAAGCAUUGAAGAGAGUGAGAGUGGUGAAUUCAGAUUACUGUGUCCCGAUGGCACUCAGGCUCCUCUCAGUCACUACAGAAACUGUCAUCUGGGACGCGGCCCAGGAGGAGGCAUCGUCACCAGAGUCAAUUUCCGCAAGGUUGCACGCAAGUUUCUUGUGACAAUGCAGAUGCUGUUUGGCCAACGGGGAAGAGAGAGGCAUCGCUUCCAACUCUUCAACUCGUCGACUUUUGGGGAAAGCGAUCUUCUCUUCAAAGAUGUGACCGAUAAACUAUCUGUUCUGCCGGAUGACAUGGACGUCAGUCAGGUGCUGGGGCUGGACUAUGUGGCUCUCCUCAAAGGUCUCGGACAUGAAGGGAGCUCACUGGAGGACAGUGUUGUGCGAUGGUGCUGCAUCAGCCUCGCAGAGCAGAAGAAGUGUGAACAGUGGGCUCUGAACAUUAAGUCAGACCCACUGGUGUGUGUGAGAGCGGUCUCGAUGCGAGACUGUAUCGAGAAAAUUAAGAGGGACGAGGUGGAUGCUGCCUCGCUGGAUGCGACACACUCAUUCAUCGCCGGGAAAUGUGGUCUUGUUCCUGUGGUAACAGAAUAUUAUGGCAGUAAAUGUGUGCUUGCUGAGGGAUCAACUCACUCGGAGACAGAUGUGUUGCCCUCAGUGGUGGGCGUGGCGGUUGCAAAGCGCUCCAGCAGAAGCGUCUUCAUCGGGAACCUGGGAGGGCGUCGCUCCUGUCAGGGCCACAUGUACAGCCCCGCAGGCUGGAUGCUGCCCUACAGACACACAUUAAGCCUGGAGCUCAACAGAAGCUCCUGUGAUCCAAACCAAGUGUACAACAAGGUGUUUUGGAAAGGCUGCCUUCCUGGCUCUCAGGGGAAUCUGUGUAAAGUGUGUCUGGGAGGCACCGGGGAGGCCGCGACCAAACGCUGCGCUGACAACCACAAUGAGCGUUACUAUGGCAACAUGGGGGCUUUGAGGUGUCUGGUUGGAGAUCACAGUGGAAAGAGCUACGGCGACGUGGCCUUCCUCGAGCAGCACAACCUUCAGGACAACAUCUUCAGUUUGAGCUCCACCGGUUGGGCAGAGGGUUGGACGCCGUCGGACUUUGAGCUGCUGUGUGACGACGGCCGUCGGGCCCCGUUGUCGGAGUGGGAGAGCUGCAACCUCGGAGAUAUCCCAGCGAACACCGUCAUGACGCGGCCAGUGCUCACGGCACGGGUGUACGACUUCCUCAUGAAGUCGCAGGAAACUAUGGCUGCCAAGCCAAAUGGCGAUUUCAAGCUCUUCGAGUCUCGGCAGUAUGGAGACAGCGACCUGCUUUUUAAAGAUUCAACACAGUGUUUCGUCCACACGAGUCAUAUGGACUACCGCUCCAUCCUCGGAGAGGAGUUUUACACCCGUGCAGAAAGCGUCUUCAACUGCACGCACUCUGAUAUCCUGGACUUCUGCAAUCAGGACGUGUGCAGCAUAUUCUAACCGACAUAGAGAAGGAAACAGCCUUUUUAUGUUCUUCUCUGUGGUUAAAGCCUUUGUACAUAUUUUAGUUUCAUCCAUAACUGACGAUGGGAAUCACCAUCAUCAUCAACAUCAUGCUCACAAAGAAAAUUUGCUGAAAGAAUGAUGGGGAGGAACUUUCAACGUUUGCAACAAUUUUUCAUCAGUCACUGCAUUUGCUUUCUCUUAUGCAACACUAAGGUGCCAUUAAGUAAUCCAUCAUAUGAAGUCGAAGUGAUGAAUCAUGUAUAAUCUCUUUGUUUCCUACAAAGACAGGAGAUGCUUUGCCGUUGUAAAUGUUUUUAAGUUUGAAAACACAAACCAGACAUUAUCUCAGUGAAGUCUCGCACAGAGAUCCUGCGAUGAUGCUCAGCACCAUGGUUACUGCAGAACCACACACAGAUUAGCAAACCUGUGAGGUUUCAGAUGAUAAAUCCGUAAUUGUUAAAAUAGACCAGUUAUAUCACUGUAUUUGUUUGUGAAAGUCUAAUAUUCGGAUGGGGUUUUUUUGGUUAGUUUUUAAAAAAAAAAUAGUUUUCAAGCUUUUCUGAAACACAUUACCUCAACAGUGAGGGGCAGUUUCAUGAAAUAUUUUUCAGUGGACCAUCUACACUUGUUAAAAUUAUUGAAGCAUUGGUUGCAACAAAGAUAAACAAGUCUGUUGCUCACAGAAAGAAAAUCUGCAGCCGCAGCUUCUGUUGAAGGUCUUUUUGUUAUUUUCUCCUCACCAUGUAGAUCAAUAACAGAAACAGUUGCCUUCAUGAAGGUUCUUAUGUUCAGUGUUUUAGAGAGGCUGUAGUUUAUAUUUGUCUGUAUAAUGUGUUUUUCUAUUUGUUUUGUUUUUUGUUUAGGUACAUGUGUAUAUCGCUUGUAUAAAAAUUGGAUAGACA